GCUGGCUCAGCGCUGGCAGGAGUUCAUCGCGGACGUGGACAACAGCCGGCUGGUGCUCCUCCAGCUGCGAGGCCUGUCGGCCGACUCGACCGACCACGACAACUCCAUCCACAGCGGCACCAGCUGGGAGGCGUAGAGGGAGCGCGCCCAGCUCGCCAUGGCCUCCAUCUCCGACUUCCGCAAGAAGAAACUCCUCUACAUCUUCAACGUCUUCUUCGAUGUCAACCGCAGCGGCACCAUCGAGAAGAAAGACUUCGAAAUCGCCGUUGAGCGCAUCUGCGAGGUGCGCAACUGGCCGUCGGGGACCCCGGAGGCGGCCAGGACCAAGGACAUCCUGAUGAGCGUGUGGGAGGGGCUGCGGACCAGGGCGGACAGCAACCAGGACGGCCAGGGGACGGGAGCAUCGACGUGGAAGAGUUCACCCAGGUGUGCACCUGCUUCGGCGCCACCAAAGCCGAGUGCGAGCAGGCCUUCCAGCGCUUCUCGCAGAACAACUCUGUGCUGGUGACCAAGGACGUGUUCGCCGAGCUCUGGAAGGAGUACUUCGUGUCGGAGGACCCCAGCGCCGGUGGCAACUGCAUCUUCGGCAAGCCCAUCAUCGUCUAGGCCAGCGCGCGCUCGCGGCGGGGCCGGGGCGGAGCGGCGCGCUGCAAACUCGACAGCGGCGGCCACCACCACACUGCCGGGGACAACGCUAUGCGUUUGAGACAGCUGCAGGGUUUGCUACACCAAACGGGGCGUGGCUAUGGGCUCGCACACGGCGUAAUACACCAAUGAUGUCGUGCUCUUGUUCAAAAAAAGGGGGGGGGGUCACAGAAUGGUAGAAAUAUAUUUCACGCUAAGAGUCUGCGUAGAAUGAGUCACACACAAAGCCUCCUCUAUGCUGUACGAAACGUGAGACGAUUUCACGCUUCGUAGAGUCCCGCAAGGUAUCUCCGGUGGGCGUCGUUCUGUCGCCUACCGCUGAGGGAGUGAACGUUUUCUCUCGCACUUGCAAGUGAAGCUCUGCUUUGGAUUAGUGCGCAGCGGAGCGCUCCCCCCGUGAAGCCUGCCAUUCCCAUGGUGAGAAAUGAACGUCGGAAUGAUUUCAAAACGACAUAUCGUUAUGAGGCAACAUCGUUGAUCGUUUCGAUUUCGUUUCGACACGUCAUUUCUCACUGGGAUCUGCUUUCCGCCGGAAGUGCAGUGAUGAUCGCCGCUCUUGAGUUUGAUCGGAGGAACACAGUGAUAGCUUUAAACAAAGAGAAAACUAGUGGGAAGUUGUUUGUUGAAUUUUAAAAAUGCCAAAAAUUGCAAUGCGUUUUCUGUUGUGGCACACUGUUCCUUCCAGUCGCCCGGUUGCAUCCGCACGUAGAGAUGUCCGGGUUGUUUCAAUUCGGAUGCUUGAUCGAUGUCUCUCUUGUUUGUGUGUGUGUGUGCGUGUGUACUCGAGUGUUCUCUCAAGACACACACAAAAAGUCGGCAACCGGAGCGGUUUUAACAUGGAAUGUGAUUGAUGUCAGAGUUUGAACCGGAGGCUUUGUGUGUUGCUUCUGUGGGGGGUGAAAGACAGCAGUUCGGAGUGGUUGUUGGGGUUUUAUCCUAGAGGGGGGCUGGUGAAUGCAGGGCAUGGUGCGCUGGGAAGAACGGUAACAAAUUGUUAACUUUUAGUUAAAGCUAAGACCCUCCACACUGAUGUGCUGACGUUUUGUGAGGUGCGGCGGUGAGCGAGUUCCGUGAGUUCCUUUGGCGUGCAGGGGUGAAACAAAUACACCUGCCGCUCUCUGCUGUUUGAAAGCUGGCUUGGGCCUCAAAGGUGCAGACUUCUUCAAAAAUAUUCACUUAAUUGAGAAAAGGAAAUAAAUGCCCGCCAAUAUAUAUUUUUCGCAUUGCGAUUUCUGACAUUUUACGCCUUUGACUUUAAAAGAACCAAUGGUUUUAGCCGAAACUUCAGAAAACGCUCGCAACGUCCAACAAGUCUCCGAGAAAAACAGACUGAAACUUCAGAUGAACAAAUAAACAUUUAUGCUUUAAAAUUAUUGCACCCUUAAAUGUAAAACGUGAACCUCGGAGCGUGCUCUUUUUCAUUCAGCUUAAUAAUUCCUCGAAAACAAUCCGGCAACCCCUUUGAUUAAAAUAUAAAUGCUCGAGUAAGCAUGCAUAACUUCUAGAACUACUAUAGAUUAUAUACGUCAUCUUUUCGUGUCUCUUUACACUUCAAAGAGUAUAUUGUGUAUUCUAAUCCCUAUGUCUUCUAUUUCCUUAGACAAACUUUGUAGUGUAGUAGGUAAACAUUAGGGAGUGUAUACCUUAAAACGUUAUUCCGAUCUCGAUUUGAUGUUGUAUCGACAUAGUAGUUUGGAGUAACAGUGAACCGUUUAGAGAUCUGUCCUUUUCUGCGGUUUAUUCUGUCAGUUUUAUGACGAAUAAAAAAUGGCUCAACAACGGC